AUGCGUGCAAGCCGCACCCCGCACCCCUUUUAUCGCCUCUCCCUCCCCCCGUCGAUCCCUCCGCAGAAGCCGCGUCUUGUAGUGGUGCCCACCAACCUUGACAAUGACCCACACAGCACCGCUUCUCUCCGCGCGCCUGUAGCAUCUCAGUUGCCCAUCCGGGAAGCUCUCGCCGCGUCUUUCACUGUGCAGUCGUUGUACAUGCCCAUUCGUGGACUCCGCCCUGAGUGUCGAACCGUCCGAUGUGCGACCAGCAGCAGCAGCAGCCGGGAUGUGGGUCAUCUGAGCAACUAUGACUCGGCUGCCGAUGUGGUUGAAGUGCGACCUAUCCGCACCAUGCAAGACCUGCACACCACGCUACUGGGGUUUGCCCGCGCUGCGGCGACGCCGUUCACCUUGCGCCAAGCAUCCUUGCCCCACAAGGUAAGGGCAGCGACGUGGUCGUCGUCGUCAGCAGCAGCAGCAGCAGAGACGCACAGCGAGGUUGUACUCCACUCGACACUGCUCCCCGACUCCAGCACCCAGUCUUCCGUUCCGGCUACCACCCCGGAAGCUCCUCAGGCGAACUCGUUCCCCGCGUCUGCAGUGCCGAACGGCGAGCGUCACCUUCUUCACCGCCUCCUCCUCCAUCGCCGUGAAGGGCGACGGCGCGAAUGUGACGCUGCCGCACGGAACGCGGCAGAUGGCCCUGGCCUUCCGCCGUCCUCGUCUACCCCGGAGGCGCCGUCGGUGUCGGCGCCGGCCGCGACGCUGACAUUUACGGGGGCCUCAUGGUACCGUGCCUUCCAGCUGUUCAGUGAGGCGGUUCAGCAGCACCACGUGUCGCCAACGGCGCAGCACUUCAACCUGCUUCUAUACAUUGCCCAACAGCACGCACUAUGGGGCCGGGCGGACGACGUGGAAGAAUUUUGGGCGCAUCUGUUGUCUUCAGUGCAGCAGUUGCGACGAGAGAAGAUGCGCGACAAUCGAAAGGCGGAGCAAGCGGAAUGGAAAGGCGAGGAGAGGGUCGGACGACACAGCGCGGCGCCAGAGUUGGAGCAGCUCACGUCGUUGUCUCUACCGGCACACACACCACCAGCGUCGACGUCACCGUCACCUUCCAUCAUCACCCCCACCUCUGCCACAACGGCAGCCGCUCUGACGCGGCAUGUGGACGAGCUGAACGAGAUGGAGCAGGCCCUCAUGCCCAACGCGCAGACGUAUGAGUUGCUGCUCGGUGGCGCGCUGGCACGGGGACUGUGGGGCCGCGCACUCGAGUACUGUGCACUGCGCACUCGCAGUGGCGUUUCGAUUAUGACCGACGCCUCAGUGCGUCAAGUGCUGCAGGCGUACAUUCUCGCAGGGGCAUCCGGCGCCGUCACUCACGCCACCACGUCCCACAUGGCGGCAUCGGCAUCAAAUCUCGCACCGCAUCGACUGAGGACAGAUGAUCGAGGACAGGUCCUUCGCGCGGCGGCGCAACCGCAGCGCAGCAGCAACCACUCCACCGCUCAAGGCGGGUCUGCACAGGAGUCGUACUGGUCCGCCGCGCUGCAUUUUUUUCGGAGAAGCCUCCACCGAGUCUCCACCAUGCAUACGGUGUGGUGCAUGGUAGCGCUGCUGCACCGCGCUAACCACCCGGCAGAGCUUGUGCACGUGGUCAGAGAAGAUUGCGAGCGACUGAUGCAGGCAUCCCUACGAUCCCUUGCCGCUCAUGCGUUGACCUCCGUCGAGAGAGCGGCACUCGUGCGGACCCUAAAGAUGGUGAGUGACGCGGCCUGCGAGCUUGGCGACUGGCGCACAGCGCUGCAGGUGCUGCGCGAGGUUGUGGAGCUGCGCCAUCAGCUGCUCUCCGAGCGCACGGCAUCGUUGGAGCAGCGCUGGGGUGUGCCACACCCAUCAGGAGGAGAGGCGGGCAUGCCGUUUGCCCCUGUCGCAGGCGGAGACGCUGCAAGUGGUGCCCCAGGUGUACCGCUGUCUCACAUCACCACUCAGCAUCUUGCGUCACCGAACCUGAUUGGGGCCGGGAUCAGCGACGAGGACCCCCUUCUCGAUGAGGUGCAGCUCUCCCAGUAUGUUCUGAAGAACACCCUUCACACACUACGGCGCGUGCGCCGCUACGCGCAGGUGAUCGAUGCGUACAGGGACACUCCGGGGCCAUCCGCAGCAGCCGUUGAUGCGGCGGCGGGCGCAGCACGCGAGGAGGAUGACGAUAGUACCGUGGUGUGGCGGAGCAUGUGGACGCCAAGUGCAGUGGGCUACGUGGCGCAGGCAGCGCUGGCGGUGCGAGAUCUGGACUUACUUCUUGAGCUCUGUGGACUGGCACCCCAAGGUUUAGAGGUUGCUUCAGACGACGCAGCAGUGAGCUUGAGCAUCCCUACCGAGGUCUACGAUGCCACCCUGCGCCUUAUCCAGUACAACAUUGUCCGCCAGCGCUGUGAGGAGGAGAAGUCGGGCGUGUACCCAAGCACAGCUGCCGCAGACGGAAAGGGACGCGAUAGGUUGCAGUGGGAUGUCCUCUCGCAGCGCGUGUACAAGGUAUACCGCCAACGUGCUCUUCGCACGCUCGCGGAUGAGACCUCGCCGUACCACGCGUACCUGGAGCGCGCGUGCCAUGCGUCGAGUGGGGGUGAAGGCCAUCCAGCCGUCGCGCGCAGCGCGACAGCAGUGACUGCUGUAGCUAAGCUUGAUGCCCCACUUCUCUCCACCUCGCACAAGCCACUCAUACAGUUUCUGGCGCAGUCCCUCCAGAGCGACGUCGAUUCUUCGCCCGUCACCGCCUCCCUUCAAGAGGAGACCCUGAAGGAGCUCCAGCGCAUCCGCCGUCCCGACACACUGGCCAUCGCACUUGUCAUGGACAUUUUACGCAGCGAAGCAUUGCACCCCCGCCUCUCCGGCAAAGAGGCGCAGUCGCUGCUUGCAGCGGUCCAGCAAGUGUUGGACAUCAUUCUGGCGGAGCAGCACAUGGAGCCCAUCCAGCUGCUGUCGAUGUCGCCGCAUGGCUCAGCUACUCACGAGGCCAACGGCAGCGGCAGCGCACAGUCACAGCAGUCAUCGCGCUACCAUCGCUGCCGGUCAGGCUCCGCCUCUCUCCCCGCCUCCAGACCUGCUGCAGCAGAAGAUGCCUCGAAACUCACACCGGCGCAGCUCGCGUCUCUCUCCACGCUUACAGCCGCUGCCGCUCACAUGAGCUUCGACAUUCUGGCGCGCGUGCAGCCGCUGACGCUGCUGACGUACAUUCCCGCCUGUGUGGAGCUGGCGUGGCUGCCCAGCACCGCAGCGCCGGCACAGCUGCAGCUUGCACAGCAAGCGGUCGUGCAGUGGGCGGACGAAGAGCUCAAGAGGGGUGCCAUUCUUGCCGCCGAACCUCAGCGCGCCGCCAUCCCCCAGAUGAAGUCUACUCCUAAUGGCAUUGUCGGCAGUGGUGGCGCUGCUGCUACGCGCAGUGACGCGAUGGGUGCCAGCCCAGCCGCGAUUGAAGCAAGCGGGAGAAGCGCCGUGGCUCACUUUGUGCUCAUGUAUACACAGUUCUCCUCUCGCAAGGAGAUUAUAUCGAGUGGGGCUCCACCACUCGUCGCGGGAUCGUCCACGGCGGCGGCGGCAGCGAAUGGUCGCGCUGUGCUGGACGCCGCUGCCCAGGUACUGGUGCAGCUUCAGCGAAGCAAGCCGGGUCACCCGCCUACCGCAGCCAUGUCUGCAUUCAUCUCAGUCCUGCGACACGCCUGGACGGAGAAGACAUCCCCUGCCCAUGGACCGCUGCCUCUCGAGACGACGUCGCUGCACAAUGCGGAGCUGGAGCUGGUGGUAGUGACCUCUCUCAACGCGGUGGUGCAGCAGGUGGGUGCGUCCACGGUGGGCCGCUGGACCAUGUGGGGCGACUGCGUCGACAUGGUCAUGACGUACAUGGACUCACCGCUCGCCACUACGCGGCGACGAGGGACACAAAUGGAGAAGGCACCAGCGGCGGUGAUGCACCCCGCGUCCCUGCCGCAGUCUCCCCCCAACUCCUGGAGGCGGGCAGAGGCAACGUACGAGACCUUGCGUGUGCUCCACAUGUUCAUCCGCCUGUGCGACAAGGCCGAGACGGGGUUUGUGGAGCGCGUGACGAUGGACUGGCUACUGCUCGGGGCCGAUAGCACGCGUAGCAGCAGCACCGGGGGCGGUGGAUGUGCUUACCGUGAAAGCAGCGAUAAGGACGCAGCGCGGCACAGCAGGGUCAUCACGCCGGUAGAACACUUGCGGUGCCUCUGUGAACUUGCUCACAAGCAGCUGCGUCGUGCUCCCCCGGCGCCGCAAGAGCCUUUUUCACCGCCAGAGCUAGAGUCGAUGCAGCUGCUGCUGGAUGCACUGACAUGGGCGUGUCGGCGGCAGGCGAAGCCUCUCGUGCGCCGAUUGUACGGGACCCUCGCCCCGUGGCUUGGCACACUCCUUCAGGAUGCUGCCCUGCCGCCACCGACCUCGCCAACAAGCCGCGCGCGGUCUGUCGCUGCCGGUGCUGAGUCAGCUGGGGAAAAGGGGGAGCUGCUCCAUCACCAGCUGAGCCGCCUGCGUGAGACGGCACUCACUGCGUGCAUGACAGUGGCGCAGUGUCUCUCAAGCGGACCUCGUGUGGAGGUGUUGCAGGAUUGGUCGCUGCAGCUCCGCGCUCUUCGCCAGCUGACCAAUCAAGGCAACGACUCAGUCUCGCUAUCGGACUUCGGCAGCCAGCAAAAGGCGGCGGCUCUCAUCGACGGUAUCGCCGCCGUCGCCGUUAAGCUGAAGCGAACCUGGCGGUACCUCUUGACCGAGCUCGCCCUCGACAGUCACCGAGCGGUCGGUGAGGCGCACCAGUGGCGAAGCGCCUCAUCAUCGCUGCUGCCCUUGCAGCUGCCGGAAACCGUCCUACGCCACAGGAAAGAGGUUGAAGACGCUGCUGAGUCAUUUUCGGCGUGGUGCGGCGCAGAACUUCUCCCGCGGCUGGUCCUCCCGUGCUUGCGUGCAUGUGUGGAGCAUGACACGCUGAGAGGUACCGCGCCUCCCAUCGCGCCACCACCCGGUGCGACGCCUUCGUCGCCGCGUGCCCUCGUCACGGCGGCACUGCACAAGGUGGUCGAGGCUGUUUGGGAUGUCGACUUCACUGCCUUUGUGUGGCAAGUCCGCUUCUGCGCACGCGAGGGUGUCGAUGACGGUGGUGCGCGCGUACAGAUGCUGGGACGGCUGCGCAGUCGCGGUUAUCACACCCUCAGCAUGGAACUCUGCUGGCCAAAUGCGGACGGUGCGUCACAGCAGUUGGCACGUCACCUCUAUAUUUGGAUCCUCUUCACCGUCCACGGCGCCCCGGUGGGGGCGGGGGUAACAGAACUUUGUCGCGACCUUGCCACCCUCGACGUCUUUCACGGGAUACAGCGUGCCACGAAUUGUGCGGUUGCACAGUCAGGUCAAUCAGCGGCCGGCUGCACCGCCACCGCGGCCUCGCCGAUGCCGUUCUUUCUCUUCUUUGCGCAGGAGGUGGACACGCUCACCGAAGCGAAAGUUGCGGAGGCACUUUCCUCUGCCACCUGUGCCAACUCUGCUGCCACCGCCGCUGCUGCUGCUGCUGGCACCGAUGACUCAUCAUCGCAUGUGGUGGGAUUAGCGCGGAUGGCAGACGGCCGCACUGCCAUGGAGCACCUCACGAAGCCCCUGGUGCACUACACCCCGUCGGUGCUGCGCGUCGUGCAACAGGCAGCGCAGUGGGUGCUGUACCUCACUCUCUGCGAAGGUACGGCAGAUGUGCAGGCCGCUGGAGGAGUCGCGGAGGCGGUUCACGCGCAUUCGCCUUGUCCUUUGUCCGUCGUGGCUCAGAAACCUCGAUCUGUAGGCUGCGCUGUCACCGCCCGCGCCGCCCUUCCUUCUGCGCUGCUGCUGCGUCGCUCCCUGGCCUGGGCAGGGCAGGCGCACGCCUAUCAUGCUCUUCUGCGUGUGGUCGAGGCGGCGGCACAUGAAACCCUGCGGGAGCCAGAGGCAGUCGUGCACGUCUUCCGCUACAUGGAGCGACUUGGCCGCGCAGCAGAGGGUGCGGACGUGGCGACGAGAGAAGGAGAGACCAUCUUGACCCCCACCCCUGUGGAGGGGUUUCUGGCCUUCUACAUGAACUCUACCACUCUGCGCCGCGCGUCUCCAGUGAGUGACCGGGUAUGUCUCGCUGCUCUCCUCGCAUGCGCCGCGAACGUCCGCAGAGACGACGCCGCCACGUCGCCACCCACCGUUGACCUCCUCACGUUGCUCACCGCCUUCACUCACGUUGUCUCGGACCACCUUGUGACCGAGUGGCAGCAGGGCCGCCUCUCCCCGCAUCAGUCCGCUGUCUUGACGGAGUGGAUGCUACAAUUUGUCUGGGGAGGGGUAGCGGCUUCGCUGAUGGACGCGAGCACCGCCUCUCUGAAGCGCUACGGGGUUGUCACUGCUGCGGCCGCUGAUGGCAACGUCACUGUCGUCCCCUCCGCCGCAUUACCACUGCGCAGGGCUUCGAUGCAGUGGCUGCUCGUGACGCGUGGCACCAUUGUGCCCCCGCCGCUACGGGACGAAGGGGCUGAAGCAUUGAAGCCAUCCGCUUCUGCAGAAGGUCAUAGCGCACCCCAAGCACCACCAUCACAAGCUGCUGCUUCAGCGGAGCGCAUUGCCUCCCUCGUGACAGCGCUGGACAAGGCCAGUCAGCGUUUUGCAGAACGUUUAGGUGGGGUGGUUGGAUCGCCUAACGCAACAGAUGCACUACCCGACGACUGCACCAGUAUGUUAUCAAGGGAGAACCUAGCCAGUGAGCUGCUGCCGUGCCAUCUGUCCGUAAGCUCUCCACCUGCUGACGUGAAUCUCGUCCGCAAGGUGCUACAGCAGCUUUCCACCCGGCACGCCGCUCAGCAGCUGUUGCACCGCUACCAAAGCUCUCACGAUACACUGCGUUCACCGGUGCGGGUGCAGGACACGGAGGCGGAUGUGCUUCUGCAAGUGCUUCCAGAAGCGGCACGCAACAGCGCCAACGCCAUCCUACGAGGCGGCGCGGACCCUGCCGUCUCGUACAACGGCGACUCGGCACAUGAAGCCUCGAGGCAGAUGGCAAGAAGCCACGCUCGACAGUCGCUGCGGUCGACUCCUGCAGCUAAUGAGGAGGAGAGAGCGGCGCUGGAGAACUGGCUCGGUGCGGCCGUUUCAAGUCUGGCAUCCACGACACCAGGCCUCGCGCCGCCACCCCCUCUGCCAAUGAUAGUGCGGUGGCCAGAGCAGGAAGGAGGUCGCACGUGGAGUGCACUUUACAUGCAGCUCCUAUCCGUCACCAAGGGCCUGCAUCAAGGCCGCGCGGAGAGGGCGCACAGCGUGGCACGCGCAUCAGAAAGCCUGCACAACCUCGACGGUUACGUUCGGCGUCGCGGUGUCAUGCUGCGCCCUGCGUUGCUGCGGUUGAUGUCGAAUCUGGCUGGCACUUCCAGUCGUCCCGAUCCAGCGUCCCCACCCCCGUCUCCCAGCGCAGAUGGUGACGUCGGCCCGUGUGUGUGCUCGCUGCUUCUUAUGUGCUAUGUUCUACUCCCACUGCGGUCACUGCGGCCGCCGCCGUCGCUGGCGGAGGUGCUGGCAGUGCUGCGUCAAGAGUUGUGGAGGCUUCUCCUCACCUGUAGCAGUGCGAGCGGAGCUGGCGAGUGUGCACCACAUGCGUCUGGACAUCCUCCCCGCACCUCUUACAACGCGCUGGUACAGCUCUGUGUGCGUCCGUUGAUGCUCGAAGCACUCCCGCCACUCCACCUCUCCACCUUUGCCAGCAGCGAGUCCGGGGCAGCGGCGUUUGAGGCCGUCGCAUCUGGGCUUCUUCUGGCGCACCGCGUGAGCGCAGACGUGGUUGAAAUCCAAGCGCUUUCCUCCACCUUGGCGGAUACGGCGGCGACAUGCUCAUCUCACAGCACCACGGCUCCAGACGCGAAUCCCGUGGACGCCCUGCAGCAGAUCGCACGCGAGUUUCUCCACCUCGCUGGUCAGGAGCUUUACUAUCUCCACACCAGCUCCGCCUUGCCUGCAUCUUCGCCAGAGCUACUCCAGGUGCUGUAUGGACGGCUCGUGCGUGCCUGGAUGCAAGCGGGGGUCUUGCUCGGCGACGCGCGCUCGCUGCUGUGGUGUGGCCAACGCCUCACCGCUUGGUCGCUGCAGAGGCACCAGGAAGCGACAGCGUUGGCGUGGAUCGCCGAGGGACACGGUGCGGUGUCAUCCGGCACCGCGCAGUCCAGUGAAGUGGCCGCCGCUGGUGCGGCUACGGAGUGGCUGUGCGUGUUACCGGUCGCUGUGUUACUUGCGGCGGUCUGCAGUCCCGCCCUCCGCAGCAGCACAGGGGUAAGCGAGGCGCUGUCUUCGCUUGCUUCUGUGCUGCCUCUUCCCCAUAGUAUCCGCGACUCCGCGUCCAACACCCAGGAUGACAGCGGCGCGGUUGCGGCGGACGAGUAUGUCAGUUUGUUUCGCCACUGGCAGCAACUGUUGCAGGGACGUGUGACCGAGGCGCCCAGAAGACAUCGUGGUUGUCAGCAGCAGCACUGGCUUUCGUGUCACGGGCCUUUCGCCCUCAUCCUUCAUGGCAGUGUGCCUGCGGACGCGACUCCGGCACUCAUUAAAGCGGUGCGUCGGCAGGUCGAGGACUACCUCGCCGGUUCAGCGGCCUGGUAUCCGCCGCAGUCGCAGCAGGUCACACCCGUGUCCUCCGACAUGCCCCCAGCUCUCGGAGGCGGUGACAGCCGCGGCCAUGCCACGAUCGCUCCCGCUGACCUUUGUGCAGCCUUCCAAUGUGUAAAGGACGCCAGUGAAAGUGACAUGCGAGCCUUUAUGCGACUGGAGGCGGCGAAGCGCGCUCCUGGCGGCGAGGGCGUUGUCAAAGGGGAGCUGAAGAAGGCGCUCGAAGUCCAAGCGGCCUGGCAUCUUAUUCAUCGUGCAGCGGUGCAGGAGCGUCAGCAGUUCGGCUCAGGGAGCGGUGCGUCCGCCCGGUGGACGCCUUUGGUGCCGCCUGCGGCAUGGCGAGCGUACCUCCUGAAUCUCCACCCGGUAGUCCCCCACUCCGUGCACUUCAUUCCCAUGGCUGUGACGGAGGUGCUCAUGCUGCAUAGCUGCACGACGUGGGCGGAGGGACUGGCUGUGCUCGAGCAUUCACUAGAGACGCUGCAUCGCUCUGGCGCCACGCCUGUGCAGCAAUACAUGGCGCAGCUCUUGCUGGAACGGGUGCGGCGCACGCAGCGGAGCGCUGAAGGGUUCAAGACAGCUGAUGGACGAGUGGAGGAGCACCAUUUCUGUGCUGGGCUGGAGACAUACAGGUACACUGUGCAGCAGCAGCCUACCGAUGAAGUAACGAGCGGAGGAAAGCGGGUAGUGUUUCCACGUUGGCGUCUGUGGUACCAGCACAUGGCACAGCGUUCGGCACACGGCACGGCGGCGCUGGUGUGCCACAUCGUUGAUCUCAUGCUUGUUCAUCACAUCCAGACCACUCGUGCCUCGCCGCGCGACACCACCACUCGCUCGCCUUCUGUGUUGGCGAAGCACACCCUCAUGGAGGCCCUGCGCUGCGGCGUUCACGACCCUGCUUUGACCCGCGUUCUUUUCCGUCUUUUCUGGGCCGAGCAGCACCGCCGCGUCGAGGGCGCGCACGUGUUCUUGUCCGCGCUGCGGGCCGCCAAGCUGGCGCGGAGCGACGCACUCGCUCUGGAAGCGAUGCUAACGUAUUUACGGGUUUCCGACUCGAACGCGGUCACCACGCAGCGGAGGGCAGAGUGGAGCUCGCGUGUUCUGCAGGUCAUCAAUGCCUGGGAAGUCCGUGCCACCAUCCCAGGCUCACGCGUACCUUCCUCGGGCUUCUCCUCUGUCUCUGCGUGGCAGCACCUUAAGGUGGCCGCUGAGGUGGCGGCAGAGCUUCAGGGACCGACGCACCGCUUCUCCGUCGAGGCGCACCGCGCGACAUGGAAAUCGUGGACAGUGCUGUGUCGCCUGCAGGUAGUGCCCAAGGACGUAGCGCUCUGCGUCGUCCAUCUCUUCAAGCAGUACGACCGCCUCACCGAGGUGGAGGAGCUUAUGGUGGCCACCUGCUAUGACAUGACAAUGGCGCAAGCGGCGAGGUGUGUCGGUGGUGGUGAUGCUGAAGAGUAA